AUGGAGGCGGUGUGUGAGGGCGGCUGGGGCUCGCUUCCGGUGCCGCUGAGCCCGGGCGUGCUGCGGGCGCUGCGCGAGCUCCGCUUCCACCAAAUGACCCCGGUGCAGUCUGCGACCAUCCCGCUGUUCAUGAGUAACAAGGAUGUGGCUGCGGAAGCCGUCACAGGCAGUGGGAAAACCUUGGCGUUUGUGAUUCCCAUCCUGGAAAUUCUUCUCAGACGGGAAGAAAAGUUAAAGAAAAUGCAGGUUGGAGCUAUAAUCAUCACCCCAACCAGGGAGCUGGCCAUUCAGAUUGAUGAGGUGCUGUCACAUUUCACCAAACACUUCCCCAUGUUCAGUCAGAUUCUUCUCAUUGGAGGGAGGAACCCCAUGGAAGAUGUGGAGAAGUUCAAGGAGCAUGGGGGGAACAUCAUCGUGGCCACCCCGGGCCGCCUGGAGGAUCUGUUCAGGAGGAAGGCAGAGGGGCUGGACCUGGCCAGCUGUGUCAAGGCUCUGGAUGUGCUGGUGUUGGAUGAAGCUGACAGACUCCUGGAUAUGGGCUUUGAAGCCAGCCUGAAUGCCAUCCUGGACUUCCUGCCCAAGCAGAGGAGGACAGGGCUGUUCUCAGCCACGCAGACCCAGGAGCUGGAGAGCCUGGUGAGGGCCGGGCUGCGGAACCCCGUGCGCAUCUCGGUCAAGGAGAAGGGGGUGGCAGCCAGCAACACCCAGAAAACCCCAACUCGCCUGGAGAACUUCUACAUGAUCUGCAAGGCAGAUGAGAAGUUUAACCAGUUGGUGCAUUUUCUUCGGCAGCACAAACAGGAAAAGCAUCUGGUCUUUUUCAGCACAUGUGCCUGUGUGGAAUACUAUGGGAAGGCUCUGGAAUCCUUAAUUAAGCAGGUGACAAUAAUGAGCAUCCACGGGAAGAUGAAGCACAAGAGAAACAAGAUUUUCACGGAGUUCCGGAAGCUCCCGGGGGGCAUUUUGGUGUGCACAGACGUGAUGGCCCGUGGCAUUGACAUUCCAGAGGUGCACUGGGUGUUGCAGUAUGACCCACCCAGCAGUGCCAGUGCCUUCGUGCAUCGCUGCGGUCGCACGGCGCGCAUCGGCAACGUGGGCAGCGCUCUGGUGUUCCUGCUGCCCAUGGAGGAGUCCUACAUUAACUUCCUCUCAAUCAACCAAAAGUGUCCCAUGCAGGAAAUGAAACCACAGACAAAUGUGCUGGAUCUUCUCCCCAAGCUGAAGUCCAUGGCCCUGGCUGACAGGGCAGUGUUUGAGAAAGGGAUGAAAGCCUUUGUGUCCUAUGUCCAGGCUUAUGCCAAACACGAGUGUAACCUGAUCUUCCGGAUCAAAGAUCUGGAUUUUGCCAGUCUUGCCAGAGGUUUUGCAUUGUUAAAAAUGCCAAAGAUGCCUGAACUAAGAGGAAAAUGUUUUCCAGACUUUACUCCAGUCACUGUCAAUACAGACUCCAUUUCAUUUAAGGAUAAAAACAGAGAAAAGCAGAGACAAAAGAAAUUAGAAGAACUAAAAAAAGAAAGAGAGGAAAAUCAAGGAAAAAAGAAAUUUGUAAAGAACAAAGCAUGGUCAAAGCAGAAAGCCAAGAGGGAGAAGAAGAAGAAAGUAACAGCUAAAAGGAAGCGUGAAGAGGGCUCUGAUAUUGAAGAUGAGGAUAUGGAAGAGCUGCUGAAUGAUACAAGACUUUUGAAAAGAUUAAAAAAGGGAAAAAUUAGUGAAGAAGAGUUUGAGAAGAAACUAACAGGCAACCACAGGCUCAAAGCAGAAACUGUUGAGGACAUAGAUUCUGAAGGCUGACAGUCACUCUAACCACAUUUUUACAUUAAAACACUGCUUAUUUCAAUAAAACUGGAUUUUUAUAAAAAAUGGAGAACAAAAUACCUCUAUAAAAAGAGAACAAAGCUGAUCUAAUUUCUUCACAGAGAGACCUGGCAUCCCUAAGGACACAGAGCCUGCAGUUGUUGAGAACAAAGCUAAAAGCACCACUCUGCUGUG